UUCUCCAGUUCUCUCACACUUUGGAUCGCAGACAUCGCCGAACAUGACCGUCGAAUCAACCACCGUCCCACACGUUAACAGCGUCGUUCCGAACGGAGACGCUUCAAACGGUAACGUUAUCCCUUCCUCGAAGAAAUCGCGUGAGAGCGACCGUCGCCGCCGCAGGCGGAAGCAGAAGAAGAACAACAAGGCAUCCCGUGCCGAUGUCGAUGAAGCGGACGUUUCUGGUGCUUCUGAUUCCAAGGAGAACGCAGAUCCGCAGCCACAGGUAUCUGAGCAGGUUGAGAUUGAGUACGUUCCAGAGCAGCCUGAAUUCGAGGAUGGGUUUAGCGAUGAGUUUAAGCAAAUCUUUGAGAAGUUCAGUUUCAAGGAACUUGUUGCCUCUGAGGACGACGCUAAGAAGGAUGAAUCUGAGGAGAAUAAAGAUGCGAAAAAGAAGGUUAAUUCAGAUUCAGAAGACGAGGAAGAUCAGGGCAAUGAACAGAAAGAAAAGGGUAUCUCUAACAAGCAGAAAAAGCUUGAACGGAGGAUGAAGAUUGCUGAGCUGAAGCAGGUGUCCGCUAGGCCUGAUGUUGUUGAGGUCUGGGACGCUACUUCAGCAGACCCAAAGUUGUUGGUGUUUUUAAAGUCGUAUCGGAAUACUGUUCCUGUUCCAAGACAUUGGUCCCAGAAGAGAAAAUAUUUGCAGGGAAAGCGUGGUAUAGAGAAGGCGCCAUUUCAUCUUCCUGAUUUCAUUGCUGCAACCGGAAUUCAAAAAAUUAGACAGGCUUACAUUGAGAAAGAAGACGGUAAAAAGUUGAAGCAGAAGCAACGGGAGCGAAUGCAACCAAAGAUGGGGAAGAUGGACAUUGACUACCAGGUUCUCCAUGAUGCAUUUUUCAAAUACCAAACAAAGCCUAAGCUGUCAUCUCUUGGGGAUUUAUAUUUUGAAGGGAAAGAAUUUGAGGUAAAACUGAGGGAAACGAAACCAGGGACAUUGUCACAUGACUUAAAAGAAGCUCUUGGUAUGGGUGAAGGCGCACCUCCCCCGUGGCUAAUUAAUAUGCAGAGAUAUGGACCUCCCCCUUCGUAUCCACAUCUUAAAAUUCCUGGUCUUAAUGCUCCUAUUCCACAUGGAGCUAGCUUUGGUUAUCAUGCGGGUGGCUGGGGAAAACCUCCGGUUGAUGAGUUUGGGCGUCCAUUGUAUGGAGAUGUCUUUGGCGUCCAGCAGCAAGAUCAGCCUAACUAUGAGGAUGAGCCUAUUGAUAAGAGCAAGCACUGGGGUGAUUUGGAGGAGGAAGAAGAAGAAGAGGAGGAGGAGGAAGAAGAGGAACAAGAAGAGUCGAUGGAUGAAGAGGAACUAGAGGACGGCAUGGAAUCGGUUGAUACGAUGUCAAGCACUCCCACUGGCAUUGAGACUCCGGAUGCAAUUGAACUUCGCAAGGAGCAGAGAAAGGAACCCGAUAGGGCUCUAUAUCAGGUACUUGAAGAAAAGGGAGAGAAUGUUGCUCCUGGAACUUUGCUGGCACCCACACACACAUACGUUAUUAAAACUGGUACUCAAGACAAGCCGGGAGCCAAAAGGGUUGAUUUGCUGAAAGGACAAAAGACAGAUCGUGUGGAUGUCAGCUUACAGCCAGAAGAGUUGGACGCCCUGGAGAAUGUGUUGCCUGCCAAGUAUGAGGAAGCAAGAGAAGAGGAGAAACUGCGCAAUAAGCCAGAGGACUUCAGUGACAUGGUCGCCGAGAAUUCGAAGAAAAGGAAGCGUGAUAAGGAAGGCAAGAAAAAGAAGGAUUUCAAGUUUUGAGGAAGCUGCUUCUUAUUCAUGGAAGAACCACCAUGAACUCUGGAUUCUAGACAUGAGAGAGAGGUUUAUUUUCCUGAGAAUGUAUUUGGCUUUACGUAACGUUGAGAGAAGAGCUGAGGUAGAAAACCUUGAGUUUUAAGAACCUAAAUGCUGUGGAUUCUAGACAUGUAAUGUGUUUCCUGAAGUUAAAAAAAAAAAAUACUACUUUAGACAAA